GGAAUGGGAUUCUCUGCACAGGACCAAUCCGCAGCAGUGUUACUGUUACUGUGGGGGCCCUGGAGAAUGGUACCUGAAGAUGCUGCAGUGUUACAGUUGCAGGCAGUGGUUCCACGAGGCCUGCACGCAGUGCCUUAGCGACCCCAUGAUGUUUGGAGACCGGUUUUAUGUUUUUUUCUGUGCGGUGUGUAACCAGGGGCCAGAAUACAUCAAGCGCCUGCCCUUGAGAUGGGUCGACGUUGUCCACCUGGCCCUCUAUAAUCUGGGCGUCCAGAGCAAAAAGAAGUACUUCGACUUUGAGGAAAUCCUAGCCUUUGUGAAUCACCACUGGGAUCCUUUACAGCUCGGAAAGCUGACCAGCACUCCGGCCUCAGAACGUGCUCCACACCUGCUCAAUGCACUCAACAGCUACAAAAGCAGAUUUCUGUGCGGUAAGGAAAUCAAGAAGAAGAAAUGCAUCUUUCGCCUGCGAAUUCGUGUCCCGCCAAACCCCCCAAGCAAGCUCCUGCCAGAGAAAGUACCAGGUUUGGGUGAGAAUGGAGCUUCUGAGCUGAAGAAGAGAGGAAAAAGCAAAUACGCCCAUAAAAACGGUUUGCUGCCGCAUGAAUUUCAACAGCAGAAAAGGCGAGUUGCUAGAAGAAAAAGAUCAAAAUUUUUGUUGGAGGAUGCUAUUCCCAGUAGUGACUUCACCUCGGCUUGGAGCACAAACCACCACCUGGCCAGCAUAUUUGACUUUACACUGGAUGAAAUUCAGAGCUUAAAAAGUGCCAGCUCAGGGCAGACUUUUCUUUCUGACCUGGAUUCCACAGAUGCUGCCAGCACAUCUGGCUCUGCGAUAACGAGCCUGUCUUAUGAAUCGAGAAGGAACGUGGGCAGCCGGAAACGAAAGCUGGCGGCUAAAGCCUACGCCCCAGUGGGGGGGAAGAGAAAAGGCAUUGAACAAGGCGGGCACCUGAACAGCUGCGUCUCAGAGAGCAGUGAGGCGGCCUGUGCCCCGGAGCGCCAGGAUGAUGGGAUUGACAGCCACACCUUGGAGAGCAUCAGCGAGGACGACUCCUCCCUCUCCCACCUCAAGUCCUCCAUCACCAACUACUUUGGAGCAGCCGGCAGGCUGGUGUGUGGGGAGAAGUACCAGGUGCUAGCCCGCAGGGUGACUCCGGAGGGGAAAGUCCAAUAUCUGGUGGAAUGGGAAGGCACCACCCCAUAUUGA